AUGAAAAUAGUAAAUAAUUUAAUUUUUCUUUUAAAUUCAAUUAAAAUUAUUUUUUGCUCAUUUUGUGGUGAAACUUCAAUUCCUUUUAGUUUAGAGAUUUUAUCCAACGGCCAUUUAAUUCUCGGCUGUGCCCGACCAAAUUGUUUUGGUUGGAAUUCUUUUGGAAAACCUCAAAAAUUAAAUGAUUCCAAUUUUUAUCGGGUAAAUAAACAACCUGAUGGGUUUUUUAGAAAAUCCUUUACUUCAACAAUACCCAAACCUUUAAAUGAUUUUGAGGCUAGUUGGUAUAAACCUCAAAUUGCUAAUUGUCAAACUGGUUUUGGAAGUAGUCCUUGUAAUAAAUUAAAUAAUUGGGUUGGUGGGAUUGGACCUUAUUCUUCGAGUUUGAAAAAUGGAAAUCAAAAACCAUUACUUCUUCGUUGUUGUCAUUGGGAGGGUUUGGUUAAUUCUGAAGAUAGAGGUAUUGCAAAUAUAAAUCGAGGAAAUAUUAUUUAUGGUGGGGAAGUGUUUUUUGAAGAUUCUUCUAAUGAUAAUAAAAGGCAAUAUGCAUUCGAUUAUGUUAGUGAUAUACGGCAAAAUAAUCGAGGGGAGGAAGGGGAAAAAGGAUCUACUAAAUAUCAAGUAUUUAUCCAUCGAAUGCCUUGUUUACCUAGACCAGAAAAACUUUCUUUGUCAGUAGAUUUGGAUGUAGCUAACCAAUUAAUUCAUAAAUUUGAAUUAGCCUCUUCAACAACAACAACAACAACAAUUAAUUCACCUCUUUUUAUUUUUACAACAACAACCAACACUUCUCCUUUAAAUAAAACAAAACAAUUUAAAAAACAAUUAAAAUCUAACCAAAAUAAAUACAAACACGAAGGAGAAAGUCAUAUUAAUAUUGAAACAUUUAAAUUAUCAGCAGCUCCAUUAUUAGAACAUAAUCCAUUAAUUAAUGAACAAAUAAAUAAUAAGAAAAACAAAAAAAUAAUUUUAGAUAAUGAAGUAAUUGAAGGGCCGUUUAUGGAAAAUGAAAUUGAGGAAAGAGAAGAGGAAAAUAAAAAAUUAAAUGAAAAACAAAAUUUAUUAUUAAAUUCCAAAUCAAAACAAAUAAUUAAACAACAACAAAGGAAAAAAAUUAUUUGUGAUCGUAACAUGACACGUCACAGUCGGUACAGGCGUCAGUGUGCGGAAAUAGAAUUAUCAGAAGAUACCCCCGUCCAAAUAAUUGAAGAUGAAGAACAAAAUUAUGGUGGGGGCCCUAAUCAAGAAUAUUAUGAUCCUGGGGGUGGUGGCUACAAUAAUUAUUAUUACUACACAAAACCCGCUUCUUCCUAUUUUCAAUGUUUUAGUGGAGAUACUAAAAUACGUUUAGAUAAUGGAAAAUUAAAAAGAAUGGAUAAAUUGGCUGUUGGGGAUUGGAUUUAUUCAACUAAUCGUUCUCGAAUUGUUUUGAGUAAAAUUGAAAGGUGGAUUCAUAGAGUUCCAGAACAAUUAUCCAAUUUUGUUCAAAUAAAGCUUUUGGAUGGCCGAAUUUUAAAAAUAACAGAAAAACAUUUUAUUUACGUGUAUAAAGGAGGAAAUUGUGAAAACUUUAAAAAUAAAAUAAUUAAUAUAAAAAAAGUUUUUGAUAUUUAUUCUAUUUUGUUUGCAAAAGAUGUUAAAAUUGGGGAUUGUUUAUUUACUGAAAUUGAAGGAGGAAAUGAACAAUCUUUAUUAAUUCAACCAAUUAUUUCAAUUAAAUUAAUUAAAGAAAAAGGAAUAUUUGCCCCUCUAACAACGAGUGGGGAUAUUUUUGUUGAAGGAAUUUUAGCUUCCUGUUUUGCUGUUGAACAAAAUUCUGUUCUUCAAAAAAGCAUUUUCUCUAUUGAAGAAUUGCCAAAAUGGGUGGAUUUUAUUGUUGUUUAUUUGUUACCUAUUGUUAUACCUUUUAAAUAA